AUGGCGUUUCUGGCACCUGGUUUCCUCUCCUUGCGUUGCGUUUUCAUAUCCAGGACAAGAUACAUUCGUUUCACCAACCGCGCGCUCGCUUUGCGACAGUGUCGAUACACGAGAACUCGCUCUAGUCGUGGCACGAGCUCGCUUGCGAUGGGCCUUUUCAGUGGCCUGUUUGGACGCGAGAGCGCUUCACCGGCCGCAGGGUCACGAAAACCGAUGCCUGUUCCCGAGAAACACUACGUUCUGGGGACACCGUUGAAGACCGUUCCAGAGGGCAUGCGCGUGGCUGUUUUCGGGGGCGGCUGUUUCUGGGGACUGGAACGGCGCUUCUUCCAGACACCAGGCGUGUACAGUACCGCUGUGGGGUACGCAGGCGGCAGCUUGCCGGACCCGACCUACUACGAGGUAUGCUCAGGGCGCACUGGACACGCUGAGGUGGUGAGAGUGGUCUAUGAUCCUCAGAAAGUCGAUUAUUUGACGCUGCUCGACGUGUUCUGGUCUGCGCACGACCCGACCCAGUUGAACCGACAGGGAAACGACGUCGGCACGCAGUACCGCUCCGUGAUUAUCUAUGCGGAUGAUGAACAAAAGCGACUUGCGGAAGCAACACGGGCUGCGUUCGACAAGACGUUAAGAGAGAACGGGUACGGAAGGAUUGUCACCGAGCUCCUACCUGCCGCUGAUAACCCGUUUUACUUUGCAGAGGAAUACCAUCAGCAGUACUUGGCGAAGAACCCGGGUGGCUACUGUGGACUGGGCGGGACAAGACUGUAUAAUCCCGAGGCGAUACGAAGCGCGCUGAAAGAGAUGGAGGCGGCAGCAGCAGCAGCAGCAGCGCGUGAGUGA